CCUGAAUUCAGCGCUUAACGGCGGGAGGUCACGCCGCGAUUCUUUCUCUUCCAACAUUUACAUCUAAUUCUUUUUUUUAUUAAACACGCCACGCAAGCUUCAUUCCAGGCAGCAGAGAAACUAAUUCUUCUAUUAUGCGAUGAUACCCACGAGCCUUCACUAGUAACUGGAUUGCCGAAUGAAGUUCUACAUUUUAUAAUACCUUCAAGGAGUGUAAGCCUGACAGGCGACGGUCAGCGCUAUGCGAAUAUGGCACCAACAUCCUCAUCCCUCGCGAUGAAUCGCCCUUUAACCACAAAGGAGAUUGCCGACCAAGCCAAUUCUUUCCAAUGGAACUCGAAUAUCCCAUUGAAGAAUUGGCUACGUACGGCUCACACAUUAAGCCAAGAGGGUAAAAGCUACCUUCUCGACGGCAACUUCGCCCAAGCGUACCUCCUGUAUAUGCGAUACAUGACCCUGGUGGUAGAAUACUUCCCUAAGCACCCCGACGCUAGUACGCAGGAAGGUAGAAAAGCCUUGACCGAGAUAAAUCGAUCACUCCAAGAGAUUAUGAUCAACUUGGAGAGAAUUAAACCGAGGAUUCAGAAGGAAUACGAUGAAUGGCUGUCCGAAUCUAGAAGACAAGAGCUUCGCCAGAAACAACAGAAUGCCGAUCGCGCUAGGUCCAAGACGCCUCGAACGUAUGAGGAACGCGCAGCCAGAGAUCCCGCUUUAUCCUCCACUCGAUUGCUCGAUGCGAACGACCAUCAAGACCUUGCAGUAGAGUUAGCUCAAAAGGAGAUUCGUCGCAGGGAUGCGACUAGGCAAGCUACCAGAGAGGCCGGUGGGCAGGAUAGACGUGUCGCAGGCCUAUGGAAUGACUGGGAGAGAGUACUUGCCGACAGGCAAUCCGAGGAUGAAGAGAUCUUCCGAAGAAAAAUGGAGUCUACAAGAAUGAAGUUGGAUGAGUCCCAGAGUAGGAACCUGGAUGGCUCGGCACACCAUGUUAGACGAAAGGAAUUACCUCCUUCGGUGACAACAAGUCCUAGGAACUCGACGUACCAAUACCCGUCAAUCUCCAAAUCCCAGCCUGUUCUGUACGAAGCUCAACAGUCGUACUCUAGAAGGACACCAACUCCACAAUCCCUUUCUCAACCCCCGCGCCCGCCGAAAGAAAGAGUUUACGAAUACAACGAUAGUAGUAAUUAUCCACCGCCUACUUUCACACCGGAGCUCCCAGCAAAGGAGCCGAUAUACCCGGAAAGGGCGCUCCCUACACCCGAUGCAUCGCAGGAACUCCCUACAGUACCUCCAAAGAUACAUGAAGAACCUCCGGCGCCUCCGAAGAAGCAGCAGCGUCUUACCUUUAAACCGGCGGCAUACCUCGAAAGUGGUGAACCAAUUCGAUCUAUCUUUUUACCAGCCCAGUUACGCCAUAGAUUCCUGUCCAUCGCUUCGGAGAAUACCAGACGUGGCCUCGAGAUGUGCGGCAUCCUGUGCGGAACGGCCGUUAACAACGCUUUGUUCGUGCGCUGUUUGCUGAUUCCUGAGCAAAAGUGCACUUCCGACACUUGUGAGACAGAGAAUGAGAAUUCUAUGGUUGAAUAUUGCAUGAAUGAAGAUCUCCUCAUGCUAGGUUGGAUUCAUACACAUCCAACUCAAACCUGCUUUAUGAGUUCUAGAGAUUUGCACACACAGGCUGGGUAUCAGGUUAUGAUGCCGGAAAGCAUAGCAAUUGUGUGUGCUCCAAGUUAUGAGCCUUCAUACGGCAUAUUCCGUCUCACGAAUCCUCCAGGCUUGGAUCAUAUUCUCACAUGCAAACAGACUACUACUUUCCACCCUCAUGCAGUAGACAAUCUCUACACAAAGGCGCAACGUCCUACAGGUCACGUUUACGAAUCCAAUAAUCUUGAAUUCUACGUACAGGAUCUUCGCCCAGGAGCCCGCAACAGCACCACGCAGCACAAGAGUUUCUAGGACACAAUGUCUGAAGGGAUGGGUUGCGGCGCUCAGGCCUGCGCUAUGUUAUUUUGUGCCAUUCUCUGCCCAUAGGGAGCUCAGUGGUGGCCAGAUGGCCAGUUGAAAACGAAAUACAAUAUCAACCCAGGAGUUAAAGUGAGGAUUGAUUAGACGGCUUUCACGUUGUUUUGAGGGGUUAUCAUUAUGCUACUUGGUCCUCGACGACCUAACAACUGCAUAGCAUCGGCGCUACGGAGACUUUGGCGUUUCGUGUUGGAGCUAGCCGGCGGAUUUUCUUCAUCGUGGUUAAUCAUGUUGCACUAUGAGGAAGGCAUGGUUGGGUUUAAGGACCUACGUAGAGGUGUACGUAAUGUUCAAUAGGUAGAAGAGGGAAACGCUUUAUCGAGACUUCAAAAUGAUAACGAUCCUCAAAUGAAGACGAUUUUCCAU